AAAAAAGAAAAAGAAAAGAAAAAAGAAAAAUUAAAGAAAAAAAGAAAAACAAAAAUUGCAAAUUCUUUUAAUUAUAGUCCAUUAUUUCUGAUUGAAUUCAUCAUUAUUGUUAUGUUAUGGAUGAACCAAUACAUAAUCAUGUUAUUGAUGAAUCAAAUAAUUUACCAUUUACAAAAAGUGAAGUAACAUUUUUAGUUAUUCUAUUUGCAGCAGUUAUCAUAUUAGCUGUAGUUGGUAAUACAAUUGUAUGCAUAUUAUUACGUUUUCGUUAUUGUAAUCUAUUGAAAUGUUUUACAAAUACAUUAGGAUGUAAAAAGAAAUCUACAUUAUCUAAAUCAAUUCAUCAUCAUCAUAAUCAUAAUCAUCAUCAUAAUCAUAAUCAUAAUAACAAUAUUGAUCCAUGGGUUGAUGAAUGUCCAAGUAGUCAACAUGAAUGUAGUUGUGGUAAAACAUGUAUUGUACAAAAUACACAUCGUUAUGUCAUAUUUAAAUCAAUGCAUAAACAACAUGAACCAGGUACAAGUGGUGGAAAUUAUGCUGGAUCUAUUACUGUAGCUAAUAAUCUAUCAGUAUUACCAAAUGAAAAACGAACUAAUUUCACAACAAAACAUAAAUGGAAAGCUGAUAAUUAUUUAAGAGGAAUGCGUACAUCAAGUAUAACAAGUUUAUUUUUAUUUAAUCUUAGUUUAGCUGAUAUACUUAUGGCUGUAUUAUGUAUACCAAUGAAUGUGAUUACAGAAAUUGUUUAUUUAUGGUGGCCACUUGGUGAACCAUUAUGUAAAAUUGUACCAUAUGCACAAGGUGUCAGUGUAUUUGUUAGUGCAUUAACACAUGUACUUAUAUCAUGGGAUAGAUUUGUAUUAGUAUAUUUUCCAUUACAACCAAGAAUGACACAACGUAAAGCAAUUUAUUUAUUACUUAGUGUAUGGAUAUUAGCAUUAAUUAUACCAUUACCAGUACCUAUUGUAAAUAGAACAAUAAAACGUGAUAAUGAAACAUUUUGUAUAGAAGAUUGGAGUUUAUUAUUAUCAUCUAUUAAAACAAUUAAUAUGGAUAAUUUUACAAAUUUGGAACAAAUUAAAAAUGAAAUUACAAUACAAUUUAAUGAUAAAUCAAUUAUAUUACAAAUUGAUGUUAUCUAUACAAUAUUAUUAAUGAUAUUACAAUAUUUUUUACCAUUAGGUAUGAUAUGUGGAACAUAUACAGCUAUAGGUAUUAAAGUUAUACGUUUACAAACACCUGGUGAACGGGAUAGUGCAAGAGAUCAAAAAUUAACUAGAGCUAAACGAAAGAUGGUGAAAAUGUUAACAUUAGUAGCAUUAAUGUAUGGUUUAUCACAAUUACCAAGGCAUACAAUCUAUUUACAUGGAUUAAUUAAUCGUGACUUUUGGUUUAAAUCUUAUUCGAUUAAAGCAUGGGCUGCAGCAAAUUUUGCUCGUGAUUCAUCCACAUGUUAUAAUCCAUUUAUAUAUGCAUGGAUAAAUAAAAAUUUUCGACAAGAUAUUUAUCAUUUAUUUUAUUCAUGCUUUUUAUCAUGUUUUAAAAUACGUUUACCUAAAUUAACACGUUCAUCAAAUAAAACAAAUUUGUUAACACGUAGCAACAAUAAUAAUAUACAAUUGCCAAUGAUUCGUAUGAAUCAACCAUCAUCUAUAAAUGAAGGAAAUUCAAAUUCUAUUCAUUAUUUCCCAAUCAAUCAUUCAACUACUCAUAGUGAAUUACAUGAUAAAUCAAAUGUAAAUCGUAUUUCAGAUGGUUAAAAAAACAAACAAGAUACUACUAACAAUAACCACCAACACCACCACCAGCACCAGCACCACCACCACCACAACAACAACAACAACACAUUCAAGAUACUUAAGUGGUGUUAAUGAUGUAAAACCAUUUAGAUAGAUUAUGUUUUAAUCUGUACUGGUUAUUCUAAACAGAAAGAAAAAAGAAGUUGAAAUGUAUUUUGUAUACAUUUACACGUACCAUUAUUACCAUGUAUUGGUUCAGUAUAAUAAUAUCAUGAUAAUAUUAUGAAAGAUUUAUGAUUAUGGUUAUAUAGAAAUGUCAUUUAUUUCAUGACAAAUGUUAAUAUUCUGUAUUAUUUUCUAUUUUAAAAUAUAUAAAUAUACUUUAUUAUGGUUAUUAAUAUUGAUAAAAGUGCUAAAGUCAACGAGAACAUAUAAGUGGGGAUAAUUAAAAUGUACUUGGAUACAAAAUUAUAGAAUACCUUAAACAAAUCUAAGAACUAUACAGUAAAUAUUUCAUUUGUGAAAUGUUAAUCAAUUGUUUCAGAUUUGUAUUAUUCCUUCAUUCUGUUUUGUUCGAUCUUCUUAACUGUUUGCUAUCAGUUAUUCUACUUUUGAUUGAUGUUACAUACUACUUAUAUCUGUUGACAUCAGUAGUACACACUACAGUAGGUGUGUUAAUCGUUGUACAGAGGAUGUCUUGCUAGAUGCUAUUCAAUGAAGUAUAUCUAUCGAUUUUUUUUUAAAACUCAUUUUAGGGAAACAUUGUUAAAGAUUAGAAAUUUGUUUAAAGUUACGUAUGAUCCUAAGUUUGAACAAUUUACUUUCAGAUGGAUAUGUUUUACUAUGAUGAGUUUGAUGGAGUUCUUAGAAUGUGAUCUGAGUUUCAGUCAUUUAUUUUACAUAGCUGAAGUUUAUUAUGAUACCAUUUGAUUUGAUUGUUAAGAUUUGAGGGGAUAAAAUCAAUCUUUCAACAUAUUUUCACAGUAAACUGAUCUGUUUUAGUAAAUAAUAAUUAUGAAAUGUGAAAGAAGAGACCGAAAAUUAAUAUUAAGAUCACUUGAUCGGAAGUUAACGUCCAUCAUUAAUGUCUUAAUACAAAAGGUUACCGUAGAAACAAUGAUCUACAGUACAAUGUUUAGUAAUAUUCAGCUGUCUGGCUUAGAGUUCACAUGGAUAUAUAUACAUAUAUAUACUAUACAAGAAAUAGUAAGGUAUCAUUUUCGAUUUUGGGUUGUGGAAAAUAUUGGAUUUCAUUAAAAUCAUGAACCGAUGUUAGACUACCGUUAAAAACCUGAAAACCUUCAGUGGCUGAACCUUAGACAUUAACAAUGUGAAGUCCUGAUUCAGUGGUGUACAGGUGUUAUAUCCCGAUAAGCAUAAUGAAUGGUAACUUUUGGGAUCCAUUGAUGAACCAAUACUAUGCGUAUAUUUUUAUCUUAUAAUUGUCAAAUAACUAGACUAUACAUAUUGACGUUCAACUUAUUAUGAGCUUUAUUUUAACCUAUGAGCUAUUAUAAUACUAUCUAACAUUCUUGAAUUAU